AUGGCACCGAAAGGAAGUAAUAAGCAGCAGUCCGAGGAGGAUUUACUUCUGCAGGACUUCAGCAGGAACCUUUCGGCUAAAUCCACCGCACUGUUUUACGGAAACGCGCUCAUCGUGUCCGCCAUUCCCAUCUGGCUUUUCUGGAGGAUCUGGCACAUGGACCUGGUGCAGUCGGCGGUUCUGUACGCCGUCAUGACUCUAGUCAGCACGUACCUGGUGGCAUUCGCUUACAAGAAUGUGAAAUUCGUCCUCAAGCACAAGGUCGCUCAGAAACGUGAAGACGCCGUUUCCAAGGAAGUGACCCGAAAACUGUCCGAGGCCGACAACCGCAAGAUGUCUCGCAAAGAGAAGGACGAGAGGAUUCUGUGGAAGAAGAACGAGGUGGCGGAUUACGAGGCCACGACGUUCUCCAUCUUCUACAAUAACACUCUGUUCCUGGUGCUGGUCAUCAUCGCCUCCUUCUUCCUGCUGAAGAACUUCAACCCUACAGUGAACUACAUUCUGUCCAUCAGCGCCUCGUCUGGUCUCAUCGCCCUGCUGUCCACGGGCUCAAAGUGAGAGAGAGAAGAGUGAGAUCAUGAAGAAAACUAAAACAUGGAGGAAGAACAGGGAUGAACAAAUGAGACUCUGUGUCCGUGUCCGUGUCCGAUGAACGUGCUGCAGGAGACUUUAUCAUUUCAUCAGUGGACUUUCAUGAAAUUCAUGAUCCGUGUGAUGCCGAGGGGUCGUUUCUGACUCUCUCUCACUUUUUAUACCAAUAAAUGACCGUUAAUCCUG